AUGCUGAUAAAAUCUCUCAAAUCAAGCUGCAGUUUAAUCCAAUCAUUACNAUGGUCCAACGCUGUCAUCUUCUACUCACGAAAUCCCUACCAAUGGAAAAACUAUGUACUACACGGUGAACUAACCGAAAAUAUCUGGUCAACUCGUUUUGAUUUGAAUGCAGAUCCGACUCAUCAUAUUUGUGUUCAUCGGACAUCGAUACUCGACAAACCUAUAGAUCGAUUUCCAUAUGCCACUAAGCUAACACUGUGCGAAACUUUUGAAGUACCACGGCUACCGAUUGUAAAUGACUUAAAUCGCGCUUUUCCACUGCGACAACUAACGAACUUAUCGAUCCAAUGUCAUCAUUUUGCUUUUCAUCAAUUAAUCGAACUUUUUCGGUUUACAACGAAUGUCCAGACGUUGACACUCGAUUCUAUAGUUCUUUAUCGAGCUGAUGCAAGUUCAAUUCAACGAAAUGAAGUCUUUCAGUCGGUAUCGAAAGCCAAUUCAGUACGAAAACUAACCAUCAGUAAAGAGAUUACAUUAGAAAAAAUGCGAUUGGUCAUUGCCGCUUUUCCUCGUUUGGAAGAUCUUACGAUUAAUUUAUUUUUUCCAGAUUUGAAACCUAUAGCUCAAUAUUUACUUACAAAUGCGCGUCAUUUGUCUGCUUUAUGUAUUUCCAAACAACGUAAUGACUUAGUGACAACAUUACAAAGUUUGAUUAAAUCAAAAAAGCUUCUUCGUGAUUAUGUUCUUAAAGUUUUUAAUGGAAAAUUGUAUUUAUGGUUGUAG